GCUCUAUAACUGAAGCAACUCCACCCGACGAGGCCUAGGCCAGACCGCGGGUUGCCACGGGAGACGCAGAUGGCAACUGGCUGGGCCUGGGAGCGCGGCCGGGGCCGCUCUCCUCGCGCAUGCGCAAAAGGGCAGUUGGGCCUCCCUCGGUUGCCAAGGUGACCGCUUGGGCUUCCUACCCCACGCAGAGCCGGGUUCCUCUCCGCACAUUCCCGAUGGCUCCAAAGCGCCCCAAAAGCGGGGCCGCUGCAGGCGCGACCCCCGCAACACCAGGGCCGGGCUCCAAGAACUGGGAAUCUGGGCUGGUGACUGCCCGCUUGGAGGAGGAAAACUGGAUUCCCAGUAUUGCCAUGGUUGUUGGGAGUCAACCUGAGGAUGAACUUCACACAAAGGCUCUGUCUCUUGCUGUGCAGGUGCCAAUGCGGAAGCUCUUCAGUGUGGUAUCUUGGGAAGGAAUAUUAGCACAGAUCAUGGAAGCUGGAAAUGGAAAGGCAAAGAAGGUCAAAGAUUCAACACCACCUCUGUAUUAUGAAGUAAUAGAGGCAGCAAAAGGUGUUAUGGAUACUGGGGAACCACUUCCUGUGACUCUGAUUGGGAAGUUAAUUAAAUAUCAGAUGCUUUGCCUCAAACAGAAAGAUUUACAAAGAAGGGCUGCUGAAAAGAAGGGAGUCGAGGAUCAGGAUGAAAAGAAAGAGGAGAAGGGGAAAGGGAAAGGGAAAGGUGCUGGCAAAAAGGAAAAGCCUGCUACAGCCAAGGCUGGCGGAAAAGGAGCGAAAGGAAAGAAGGCGACAUCUGAUCCAGCACAAGUAUCAACAACCGUCGUUAAAAAAGACACCAAGCUGAAGCGACGUGGAGAAGACGAUGAUCUUGAUAAAUACAUUGAUGAUGAACCAGACGACGGUGCUCAGUUUUAUUUCAUAAUUUCUGGUUUUCAUUACCCCCAACUUUUGCCUAUCCUAUCUGAGCUUGGGAUCAAUGUCGGAAGCAUCAUUAAGAUUUCUUCUGACAAUUAUGAGCCACUUCAGUCCUUCCUGGAAGCAACUAAACCACAGGAAGAGCCACUUCUUACACCAGAAGUUGUAGAAGCUGAAAAGAAGAAGAAGGAAAAAGUUGCUAAGGACCUGCACAUUUUCUGGAAAUACUUGGAACCAAUUCUGAACAAUGGGAAACCAGGAUCAAAUCUUUUCCAGAUUGCUAGACUCCAUCACCUGGUUCGGGAGUCAAUUUUUCCUGCUGAUUGGACUAACAGUGAUAUGGUGCUUGCGUUUGGAACUGAGCUCUUUGAAAGCAUUGCAUGUUUAAUGUAUGACUGCCUGGAUUGGAGAAGACAGCAUCAGCACUUCUUGAAAUCCACCAGAUUUAUUAAUGUCCCUGUAGUAGAAAAGAAGAGCAAACCAUUGCCUGGUGCAGCUGAGGGACAGCCCACUGCUCCAAUUAUUCCUUUAAAAAGAAAACAGGUUGCAGAAGAGCCUAUUGCACCACUUCUAACAACAGAUGUGGACAUGAGGUAUUACAAUGAUCUUCUAAGCCAGAUUCCUGAUGAGCUUGUUUCUGUUUCUUUGAUACUGAAUUGCAUGCUGGAACAGGUUGUUGCAUCAGAACAGAAUCUUACACCACCAAGUCUGGUAGUUCCAGAGCCACGUGAAGAUGGGCUGGAUCACACCAUUGCAAGUCACAUUGUUUCAAUUCUACCUUCUCUUGCUCUUCACGAGAGUGAAAAAAGGAAUCUGUACAACUCGUUUUAUCCUGAAAAUGAAGAAGAAAUGAUGGCUCUCAAGUGGCCUCUUAUUCUAAACUAUCACGACACGCUGUCUCAGAAGUUGCACUUCGCAAAGGAACACAAUGGCUUAGACCCAAUAAAAAUUGAACAUGAAAUGAUGGAAAAACUACCUAUGAGAGAUCUUCUUAAAUUCCCUCUUCCACCACCUGGAAACAAUACUAAACGCCUCGCCAGGAUUCAUGAGCUCAUGCACUAUUGUACCGGUGAACAACUGAACUGGGCUGAAGUAGAACGCGCUUUUAAAGUGUUUACUUUUGAAAGCCUAAGGCUGACAGGUGUAGAUAACUCUGGACAAUUAGAAGGCUCUGGCAAGAUGCUUGGAGGGGAUUAUGAAGUGUCUUACAUCCCAUGGGAUAAUCCUGCUAGAUUUGCGAGACAAAUAAGAGAACGAUUAACUGGCAAAAACAUAUCAGAAGAAAUGAAGUUGAAUGGAUCAGGGCUUGGCCUUGAUAAGAGAUUUUGUAGUCAGCAGCAUUUCCCUUUUUCAUUGGAGGACAGCAAUGUGAGUCAAACGGGACAUUCAGAGUGGUCUACUGAUGGUUGCACAAGUGAUCGGACUGAUUCCUUAGAAAAUAAGAUAAUUCUGGAGACAGAAUUAACAUCCAUACAGAAGACGCAACAGCGGUGUCUGAAAGACUGGAGUUUUGCUGAACAUUUUCAACCACAUCUCCUCUUCCAGGUUCUUCAGAAUGCAGCCCAGUACUACAGGUGCAUUGAUUCUUAUUAUCACACUCAAGAUAACUCUUUGCUGAUAGUCCUUCAUAACCCCAUGAACCAGCGCCGUAUGUGUAAGGAGUCCUGGAACGUUGCACUGCACUCUGAUGUUGGGUUCAGAAAUUACCUGGAAUUGGUGGCCAGAUCCAUUGAUGAAUGGAUACUAAGAGAAGAAAUUAAAUACCAGGAAGAAAAAAUGGCUAAAGAAUUGGAAGCACUUCGGUUAGCUAAAGAGAUGGCAGAAAAACCACCUGUUGAAGUCAAGUCCCCACCUUCUCCUAAAAAAGGUGCUGCUGCUAAAAAAUCAAAAAGUGCCAAAAGCAAAGUGGAAGUUACUCCAGAACCUUCUCCGGUUGAGAAAGAAAAAAAUAUUUUUGUCAGAGAUGACUCUCUCAAGGCUUGGAAGGAAGAACAGGAGCGGCUACUAGAGGAAGAACGGUUGAAAGAAUUAAAAAAAGCAGAGAAAAAGGAAAAAACCGGUGGUAAAAAAAAGGGUCAGAGUAAGGAGACAGCACCAUCUGAUGAAGGAAAGGGAUCCAAGAAGAAAUCUUCUAAGGAAAAAUCAAAAUCACCAGAGUCUACCAAAUCACCAGAAAUUGAAGAUCCAGCUAAGCUGCACAAGCAAAGUAAACAGAAUCUCCUUCCUCCACCCCCAGAGAAAGAAUAUGAGUUUCUUGGAUACAAUAUGGGUGAGAAUCCCAUUCAGGUUGCUGGGACAAUUCGAUAUCUCUUCCCUACUGAUGGAGGGCAAAUUCAGGCAGAAAAGAUUACAUUUGAAAAAGGGGCAACUUUGGUCAAAGUGAAGGUGAUAACAGACAACCACUGUUUCUUCAUUCAUAUCACAGAUCCCCAACACAUCCCAGAAGAAAUUAAAACCAAACAAGAGAGUAGUAGCUCCCUAGAAGAGCAACAGACUAUGCCAGAAAAGCCAAAACAUCAACAGAAAGCUGUGAGCAAAUUUGGAUCAUUUUCUGCAACUUUAGAGAAUGGAAUUAAUCUUUCCUUUAGUUACUAUGGAGCUACAGGCAAAUCAGCAGAUGAGAAGGAUCCUGAUUUAGCAACAAUUUUGACCAUCCCUUCCAUAAAUGUGCCUGCUUCCACUCUUGUUCCCUCGGCUGUUUCUGCUACUGGUUCUGCUGCAGGAAAGACAAAGCCUGGUAAAGAAAAAUCAGCCAAAUCUUUACCAUCUGCCAAAAUGAGCUCUCGUCUUGCAGUGACUAUAUCACCAGAAGAACAUUCAAAGCAAGAAGAGAAGAAGGUGCAUGAAGAGAAGAAGGUAGAAACAGAUGAGCCAGUCCAAACACAAGCUGUUCCAGAUGCCCAUGCUUUCAAUUCUCUGAAUGUGUCUUGUCCCAAUGGAUUAGUGCUGACUUUCUAUGGUCAAAAAUACACAGGUGGAGAAAAGGGAGACAAGAGCAAGAAUUAUAAUGAAGAAUCCAAAGCAAACGAGACUAAGCUGGAUGAGUUCAAGGUGAAUGAAACGAAGGCACAAGAGGUCAGUGUGGAACCAGCCAAAACUGAUGAAGCCAUGGCAAGCAAGGCCAAAGCAAAUGAGGUCAAGGCAGAUGAAGCCAAAGCCAAUGAUGAACCUAUAGUAGAUAGUCCAAGAACAAAUGAGGCUAAUGAAGUCAAGGCUGAGGUUGAAACAGGAGAGGACAAUGCGGCCCAAGCCCAAGAGUUGGCUUUUGAAAUUCUUAUCAGGCAGAGCUAUCCACAAAGAGUGAAGCAUUCACAGCUACUAAAAACAGUGAAGAAACCAGUAGAACAAGAAGUGUCUAGAAUUAUUACCAGACAAGGAACUGUUGUGAAGUACAUGCUGGAUGGAUCUACCCAGAUUCUGUUUGCUGAUGGCACCGUGAUCAGGAGUCCGGAUUCUGGCCCUGUGAUACCACCUCCACCUCCACCUCCACUUAGUACACCACGUACAGAGAUCACACCAUCUCCUGAACAAAGCACCAAGAAAAGUAGGAAAAGUAACAAAGGUGCUGUUGCAUCAGCAAAGGCGGAGACAGUUGAAACAGUUGCUCAGGAUCACUUGUCUGAAGCAGAACAAUCCCCAGAUGCCUUAGCAGGCACUUGGAUUACCACUACCCCAUUAGGCAUUCAAAUAGGCACCAAGGGAUCCGAAAGACUGGAUCUAAAGCCAUUUUUAUUCUAUCAGGCCACUGAUCCAGUUAAUGGAACGAUAAUGAUAAUGAGGGAAGAUCGAGUUGUGGUGGUAGAGAAAACAGAUGGUUCCAGAAUAGUAGACCAUGCUGAUGGCACCAGAAUAACCACUUUCUACCAAGAUUGUGUGGAAACUGUGGUGUCCAAUGACAAUGAAGAAACAGAUAGUAACUACCAAGACAUCAUAAUGAAAGUGAAGUGUGUGCGUGUAGAGAAUCCAGACUUUGCAACUGUCAUAACAAAUUGUGAGGACAGCACCUGUUGUACCAUCUUUGCUGAUGGAACUUCGAUUAUAUCGAAGCCACAAGGAACAUAUCAAGUGUUGCCCAUGAACAAAGGCUACCUUUUCAUUGAUGAAGAUUGUUCUGCAGUUUAUUCCCCAGAAGCUUUCGAAAAAAAUGGAUGUGAUUUUAUGUCCAAUGAUGAGAAUCAGCAUGCAGGGAAGUACAUUAUGAAACAUAACUCCAGCGUUGUCUGUGAGAUGAUGGACUAUGAAGGAAACGUUUUCAAGGUCAUGGCUGAUGGCAGCACAUCUGAAUUCAUUGCUAGACUUGAAUCUGAUGGGAAGCAAUGGGAACCCACAGAAAUGCAGACACCAUCCAUAUAUGGAGAGCAUGCGCCUCGAUUCUUCAUUGUCUAUGCGGAUGGCUCAGGGACUGAACUUCUCCGUACCAGAGACACAGAAGAAUACCUGACUACAGUAUAUGGUGAUCCAGUUACAGCAGUUCUGCAAGAGCCAAUACACGAAUGCCCAGGAGUCCUAAGCAUUACUGUCCUCCGUCCUUUGACUGAAGCAGCUCAAUGGGUGAUGAAGAGAGACUCUGCUACUAUCGUACCUUACAAUCUCCAGUCAAGGGCAUGGGAAAAUUUUCCUGCAGUUGAGAGGAAGACUCCAGGACCCCCAUUUGGAAUGAAUGCUUGGAAAGGGCUGAAAAUAGAAUUCAAGGAGUUAGCAAGUGCUCCUGCACCUAUACAGAAAUCUCCAAAUGUUCUUCAAGUUCGUCGAUUGAUCCAGUAUGAGCCAGUCACUGAUGAGCUGAGACACAAAUUGCAGCUUUCUGUCAAGGAGUACAUUGACAAAAUAAUCAAGCAAGAAGAUGAGAUGCAAGAGAUGACUAUUAAAGAUCCAAGAACAGAAGAGGAGAGGGAAAAUGCUGCAGACCUUCUCAAGCUAGUUAUGUCUUUUCCCAGUCUUGAAGAAUCUUCAGAUGAUCUCCAUACUAGAGCUCAGAUUGCUGAAAUCUAUGAGCAGGCAGUGACUUCACAAUUCCACAGCUCAUCAGGGGAGAUGCUUGCAAAGAAAACAGAAGAAUAUUGGCAGAAGUUCCACCAGAAAGGAGAAGCAAAGGUGUCUCUCUGGCAGAUCAAGUUAGAGCAGACCAGGCAAGACGUUGAGGAUGGAAAGAAGUGUCUUUUGAAAGUGAGGAACAAAGUCAUCCCUCCCUAUUUCAAAUCGGAAUUUGGCAUGGAAUUUUUGCUAAAGGAGCUUCCUGAUAUUGAAUAUCUCUCAAAAACACUCCCCCCAUUUCCAAAGAAAGAUAGGAGGGAAUCAUUGCUGGACACAAUUACAGAAUCCUCUGAGAGCAAAACUACUGAAAGCAGUUCAGAAUCUCAAGAAUACUAUGUAAGAAACAAGCCUUCUGGAGAUCUCUUUCCUGAUUCUUUGUGGUGUUCAGUUCAUGGUGAAAUUAGUCUAGAUGCCUCUACAACAGAAGCAAAUGAAAAUGUAUCGGAGCUCCCUUUCCAUCCAAAACUCCAGUCCCUUCUGGUGGAUGCUACAGGAUCCCCAAGGAAAACCAAAGUGAAAUUGCCCGCCUCCAUACAAAGGGACCUGCCAGAAUCUGAACCCAGGCGAAAGGAUGAAGAUCCAGUUUCUGGAAAAGUCAAUACAUGCUCUGUUGCAGCAGCAUCACAGCAACUGGCAGGUUUCCGUCUCAUCCCACCGAAGGUGUCAUUUGGGGUUCUCAAGGAGGGCUGUACUUAUGCAACAACAGUGGCCUUGAAGAACAUUGGAAUGGAUUUCUGCAGGUUUCGGGUGAAACAACCACCACCCCGCACUGGAUUGCGAGUGCACUACUCACCAGGGCCUGUAGCUGCUGGACUGCAAACUGAGCUUGAAAUCGAAAUUUAUGCCAUGGCGAUUGGGGUGGAAGGACCGGAGGGGCUGGGUCAAGUUUUCCAUCGGAUUGAAAUUUACACAGAAAAAGAAACUCUCUUCCUGCCUGUGGAAGCAACAGUCUUAACAGAGGAAAUCUAUGAACACAGACCAAUAAACUACCCACAGGGGAGAAAGUCAGGCUCAACCCGGCUGGUUUCAACAAAUCCUAUCUAUCGUUUUGGGAUUAUCCUACCUCACAAACUUCCUGGUUAAAUGUUGCAGAUGUGCCUGCAGACUACAGAGGCUAGAGAGGACGGAAAAUCUGCUUUGAAAUGAAAUGCACUGAUCUUCUAACCCAGUUUGGCAAGUCUUUCUGGCUUGAAUGUGAAAAUGAGUACUAGAAAGGAAUUCU